AUGGAUCGGGACAGAGCUAGCCCGUCCCCCUCCAACCUGCCGGAGUCCCCUGGUCACAACUCUCCUGGUAGCGCCUUACUGCUGAAUCUGAAGAGGGUGUCUGUGAGGCUGGUCGACUGCAGGAAGACACCGGGGCAGAGUGGAACUGUGAGAGAAGGACACGAGGAGGGAGAUUUGAUUUCAUCAAGGGACACACACCGUUGUUCUCUCCGUGGGAGGGGCUUAUCAUCUGGGGAGCCUCAACAACAUCAUGUUGCUGACGAGACAGAGAAGAGUGUCUCCAGAUCAGAACAUCUCAAGAAACACCAGCAGGGACGUACAGGGAAGAAACAUCACCACUGCUGCUCUGACUGUGGGAAGAGUUUCACAAGCCAGAGUGGCUUCAUUAUUCACUGUGAUCAGUGUGGGAAGAGUUUUGCUGCAUCUAACACCUUCAAAUCUAAUGUAAGAAUUCAUGAAGGGGAGAAGCCUUACCUCUGUCUUGAUUGUGGGAAAAGCUUUGUUAGUGCAGGAGCCUUAACCAUACACCAGCGUGUACACACUGGAGAGAAGCCUUAUAGCUGUGAUCAGUGUGGAAAGAGCUUCAAUCAGUCAUGCCACCUGACUACACACCAGCGAACACACACUGGCGAGAAACCUUAUAGCUGUGAUCAGUGUGGGAAGAGCUUCAAUCAGUCAUGCAACCUGACUACACACCAGCGAACACACACUGGCGAGAAGCCUUAUAGCUGUGAUCAGUGUGGAAAGAGCUUCAAUAAUUCAGGCCACCUGACUACACACCAGCGAACACACACUGGCGAGAAGCCUUAUAGCUGUGAUCAGUGUGGGAAGAGCUUUGCUCGAUCAGAAAAACUAACUACACACCAGCGCAUACACACUGGAGAGAAGCCUUAUAGCUGUGGUCAGUGUGGGAAGAGCUUUGCUUUAUCAGAACACCUAACCAUACACCAGCGUGUACACACAGGAGAGAAGCCUUAUAGCUGUGGUCAGUGUGGGAAGAGCUUUACUGUAGUUUCCUCCCUGACUGUACACCAGCGAACACACACUGGAGAGAAGCCUUAUAGCUGUGAUCAGUGUGGGAAGAGCUUUGCUGUAUCAGAAAAACUAACUAUACACCAGCGAAUACACACAGGAGAGAAGCCUUAUAGCUGUGAUCAGUGUGGGAAGAGCUUUGCUCGAUCAGAAAAACUAACUAGACACCAGCGCAUACACACUGGAGAGAAGCCUUAUAGCUGUGGUCAGUGUGGGAAGAGCUUUGCUCAAUCAGAUAACCUGAAUUCACACCAGCGAACACACACUGGAGAGAAGCCUUAUAGCUGUGAUCAGUGUGGGAAGAGCUUUGCUCUAGCUUCCACCCUGACUGCACACCACCGAACACACACUGGAGAGAAGCCUUUUAGCUGUUAUCAGUGUGGGAUGAGCUUUGCUCUAGCUUCCACCCUGACUGCACACCACCGAACACACACUGGAGAGAAGCCUUAUAGCUGUGAUCAGUGUGGGAAGAGCUUUGUUGCAGUUUCCUCCCUGACUACACACCAGCGACUACACACAGGACAUAAGCCUUAUAGCUGUGAUCAGUGUGGGAAGAGCUUUAAUCAGUCAGGGACCCUGAAAUCACACAAGCUAACACACGCUGGAGAGAAAGAAGCCUUAUAUCUGUGAUCAGUGUGGGAAUUGUUUCAGUCAGUUAUGGACCCUUUAUUCACACCAGUGAACACACACUGGAGAAGGAACCUUAUGUCUGUCUAGGUGGGAAGAGCUUUGUUAAUUUAGGGCCAAUGAGAAAACACCAGAAAGCACAAACUUUCUGUAUUUCAUCUCCCUCCCUUCUGGCACCGGUUCCAGAUCCCUAAAUAAAGGAUCAGUAGAAAACAUCCAGUGAACAGUCAUAUCCAUCUCCCAUUCUUAAACAGUUGCCUCAGUCUGAUCACCAUGGUAACCUCUGGAGCAUAAUAUGCAGCUCUGAUCUAGGAUCAGGUCUCCCCUGUGUCUAUGUAAUAUCACACAUUGAUCUAAAUGGAUCAAUGUUAUCAUAGGAAAUGUUUUAGGGAACCUGUGUGUGGGAGGGAUGUUGAUAAUUGUAUCUUCUUUCAUAUACUCAUGAUACUAUUAUUAUUAAAUGUCAUUAUGUAGAAUAAUGUUUCAACAAUAGGUGUAUAUGCAUGUAUUCAAUUGAUCAAUACAUUAUCUUCUAAACAAGAAGUUAUCACUUAAAUUGUGUAUUUUAUAAAUCUAAUCCAUAAUAUAUUGGAUAAUUAUUUCCAUGAGUUCAAGGCAAGAACUAUGCAUACUGUGUCUUGUAACAACGGUUAAUGUAAUAACUUUUAGAUUUAUAAUGUAAUAAAACCGGUAAAUGUAAUA